GAGCUCCGCGGCCGGGGCCACCCUACGCAAGAAGAAAAACAUCCCAUCACAUGCAUGUUGUGAGCAGCUUCCAGUGCCGACAGAAGCACGGCACUGAUGAUCUCGCCUUUUCAACAGGUGCAUGGGAUGAAGGGAGCCUGAGAACCCGUCUGGAGAGGAGACCCUGGUCCCUGUGGAGCUGCCCACCAUGAGCAGGGCACUGCUGAUAGGCAGGAUGCAGCCAGAGAUCCGGAGUGUCUGUGUCUUCCUGCCCACCCGUGAGCAGCUCAGCCUAGCCGUCGGGGUCAAAGCCACUGGACAGGAGCUCUUUCAGCAAGUUUGUGAUGUAGUGAAGAUUAAAGAGCCUCACUUCUUUGGCCUCAGCAUUGUUAAAAAUAAUGAAUAUGUUUUUAUAGACCUGGAGCAGAAGCUUAGCAAAUACUUUUCAAAGGAGUGGAAGAAAGAGACCACCAAAGGAACAGAGAAAUUCAGCCCUCCUUUUGUUGCAUUCUUUAGAGUACAAUACUACGUAGAAAAUGGAAGAGUAAUAGGUGAUAAAGUGGCUCGGCAGCUCUACUACUGCCAUCUUAAAGAGCAAGUACUUAUGUCUCGUUGCAAUCACAAAGAAGAAAUCUACUUCUUGCUGGCUGCCUACAGCUUACAGGCAGACUUGGGCAACUACAGAGAGAAGGUCCACGCUGGCAAAUAUUUUGAACCUCAGGCUUAUUUCCCACAAUGGAUAAUUGCAAAGAGGGGGAGCGACUACAUCUUGAAACAUGCCCCAGAGAUGCACCGAGAACAGCAAGGGCUGAGCACUAAGGAAGCAGUUCUAAAGUUCAUUAAGGAGUCCUGCCUACUGGAAGAUGUGCCAGUCCACUUCUACAGGCUGCAGAAGGAUAAGAAGGAGGAUCGACCAACGGUUAUCCUGGGCCUGACCCUAAGAGGAAUGCACAUCUAUCAGGAGGUGAAUCACGUUCGCCAGCUCCUCUAUGACUUUCCCUGGUCGCACAUUGGGAAGCUGGCCUUUCUGGGGAAAAAAUUUGAGAUACAGCCAGAUGGCUUGCCCUCUGCAAGGAAACUGGUUUACUACACAGGCUGCCCCUUCAGGUCAAGGCAUUUGCUGCAGCUACUCAGCAACAGUCACCGGCUCUUUCUGAAUAUUCAGCCCGUGUUGAAGCAGAUCCAAAAACUGGAGGAGGCUGAAGAGAAGAAGCGCUACCGGGAGUCCUAUAUCAGUGACACGCUAGACAUGGACCUGGACCCCUGCGACAAGAACUCCCGUGGCAGCGGGAGCAGUGGGGGCAGCCAGAGGGACAACCGCCUCUCACGCCAGUCCACAGGGAGCCAUGGCAGCUCCCACACAUCGGGCAUCGAGGCUGACUCCAGGCACCGGGUGUCAGUGGAAAUGUCGGUGGAUGAGCCCUUCGGCAUUGAUCGGGUGCAUAGGAAAGAGAAAUCUUGCAGCUCAACCAUCAGCUACGGUAGCUCUGGCAUUGACAGUGGCAGCAAAGGGCGGGCUGAAGAUGACACUCGGGAUGAUGAGCUUGAACUGGCAGUAGAUGAGCCAGAGGAGAUGCCUGUAGAUGAGCCUUUAGAGGGAGACCAGUUAGAGGAGGCCACUGUGGGAGAAUCUGUUGAAUCUCUGCCUUUAGAUGCUGCUAGCUGCCAAGCUAUAAAUGACGGAUCGCUGUCUGUGGUGCAAGUCACGCUAAUCAAAAUGAGAGGCCAAAGCGUGGAAUCCCUUCACCAGGUCAGAUCGCCCAAAAGCAGGAGCUGCAUGGACCAGCACAGCCAGAGUUUGGAUGACAUCCGCCUUUACAAGCACCAGCACCCACCACUAAGUGCCACACUGUCUUCAGACACGUCCCACAGCUACACGUUUGGCUGCAGUCUGGAGGAUAAGCUGUCUAUUUAUGGCUGUGUUUAUUCCACAGCGGACUGCAAAACCAAGUCUGCCCUUUACGGGAAGCGGUCCAUGAACUGCCUCUCCUUAGAUCUUCUGGGAGAGGACCAGCUCCCAGAGGAGUUUGUGGUGUAAUGAGAUUGGAGCUCUUCCAUACCAGGAAACAGCUCAUUAUGGAAAUAUAUACCUCAUUCACACAUGUGAUGUCACUCUGGUUCUUGCAGGAGAUUGUGAGCGGUUUUGUUAUUCAGCUCCGUAUCAGUAAGUGGCAUCACUUCUGCAGACCUGACUACAGGGCAAAUCAACGAGUGUAGCACUUAACGUUGACAUUGGAAGUGUCUAUCUGAGCAGAAAAUGGAAGUAGCCUGCACUAUUAGCAGUGACACAACCACCAUAACCAAAAAAAAACAGUGGACCAAAACUGACACUGAGCUGGUAAAGCAAACUCUGUCUAAAUGGAUUAAUCAGAAUGAAAUUUAAAGUCUAUGUCAGUUUAUCUUCCUGCCUUUGUCUUGUGGUCCAUGUCUGUUAAUGCUAGUGUACAGAUAGUUUGGUUGUCUUGAGUUUGUGCUGCUGCAACACUGCCAACAGCCAUCAGGCCAGGAUAUACUCUGAGCACAUUUGGAGGGCUGUGUAUGGAAGUGUCUGGCCUGUUCCUGUUAUAAUGAACGCAGGUUGCCUAUUUGCUUCACUGGGAGCAAGACCUGCUCUGCCAGGAGUUUAUUCCUCUUUUUUGUUGUUGUUGUUUUGUUUUGUUCUAAGCAUCCAGCCAAAUACAAUGUGCGGCCUUUUUUUUGUCUUUUUUUUCUUUACUGCAACAAAUGGAACUGUCUCUCAGCUGUCUACUACUGCUGUGGUGCAGAUUGAUAAAUAAAUGCUUAUAUCCUUGGAUAGAUGGGGAGAGGAUAAAACAAAUGACUUGGCUGCUUCUGAGAGUACAGAAGACAAGAGUGUUAAUUGACUGGCUUUUGAAGACAGGAGUGUGACUGGAGAAUUUGUCCAGGCAUGAUCACCCCUUACUUUGAUUCAUAUUUUUAUGUUAUUUUUUUGGUUUGUUUUUAAUAAAUCUGUUCCUUAGAAAUUUUUCCUCUGCUUAGAAGGCAAGUAUGGACUGAAGAAAGUUGCCUUGUAAGAACAGAUAGAGUGACAGUGUCCCACUUAGUCAUGGAUAGGUCAUGCAAAUAUGUGUGUGUAGUGCUCCAGGGCUGAUGAUGGUGGUGGAAGUGUAGGCUGUUUGUGUGCCAGACUAAGGACACUUGUUUGGUGAUCUUGAGAGUGGUGGAGCUGGCUGUGCUGGCUUUCACUAGGAAAAUAAUGGUAAUGAUUCAGGCAUUUGGUGUGAGAAACAUCCUGCUACCUUGUUACAUGCAAAUAAACAUGUUUGAUUUCCUCCCCUAUCUUUCCCCAGUACCUCCUCUCCCCAUCAAUUCUCAGCAUUUGGGAAGCUUGUACUUGAAGGUUUGUGUAACCUGUGCCCAGCUUUUGACAACCCUGCAAGUGUGUUUUGGCAAAUUCUAAAAGCUAGGGGACGCUAUUCUGCUGGUUGAGGAAGUGUGUGUU